AUGAUAGAAAGUGACAUCUCAUCUACGAUGUCAGGAAUUCUGCAAAACUCAGGGCAAAGUCAUCACCCCUCUCCACAGGAGUACAGGCUCCUGGCCACCACCACCAGUGAGGACGACCUUCCCGGGGACCUGCAGUCGCUGUCAUGGCUCACAGCUGUGGACGUGCCACGGCUGCAGCAGAUGGCGAGUGGCCGCGUGGACCUGGGUGGCCCCAGUGCACCCCACCCACAUCCAGGUGCCUUGGCCAGGGCAGCCAGCCUGCAUGUGGGAGCCACCCCAGGUCCACUGCUCCACGGCCCGGCUGGCAUGGUCCCCCCAGGCAUGCUGGGCCUGGGCCCCAUAGCCAAUCACGGAGCCAGCAUGAACCAGAUCCCUGUGGGGGGCCAGCCCUCAUCCAGCCUGCAGGACCAGCCACAGCUGUACUCGCCCGCCUCCCAAACGCAGUUACCGCUGCCCCCAGGCACCCAGCAGCGCCCCCCUAUGGGCCUGUACGGCUCCCCGUUUGGAGCACGGCCUCCCUACCCCCAGCCCCGCAUGGCUGUGCAUUCGUCUCGGGAACUGCACCCCAAGCACUACCCCAAGCCCAUCUACUCAUACAGCUGUCUGAUUGCCAUGGCCUUGAAGAACAGUAAGACAGGCAGCCUGCCUGUGAGCGAGAUCUACACCUUCAUGAAGGAGCACUUUCCCUACUUCAAGACGGCUCCCGACGGCUGGAAGAACUCGGUGCGGCACAACCUGUCCCUGAACAAGUGCUUUGAGAAGGUGGAGAACAAGAUGAGUGGCUCCUCGAGGAAGGGCUGCCUGUGGGCCCUGAACCUGGCCCGCAUCGACAAGAUGGAGGAGGAGAUGUACAAGUGGAAGAGGAAGGACCUUGCCGCCAUCCACCGGAGCAUGGCCAACCCCGAGGAGCUGGACAAGCUGAUCUCGGACCGACCGGAGAGCUGCAGACGCCCUGGCAAACUGGGAGACCCCGAGGGCCCCGUGCUGACUCAUGCCACCACGGUGGCCAUGGCCCAUGGACGCCUGGCUGUCUCCCAGCUUCCGCCCCAGCCACUGAUGACCCUGUCCCUGCAGUCCGGCCCCCUGCACCACCAGGUCCAGCCCCAGGCACAUCUCGCCCCAGACUCUCCCGCCCCGGCCCAGACCCCACCGCUGCACGCCCUGCCGGAACUGAGCCCCAGCCCCCUCCCCCACCCCACCAUGGGAAGGGCGCCCGUGGACUUCAUCAACAUCAGCACCGACAUGAACCCUGAGGUGGAUGCCCUGGACCCCAGCAUCAUGGACUUCGCUCUGCAGGGGAACCUCUGGGAGGAGAUGAAGGAUGGGGGCUUCAGCCUGGACACACUGGGGGCCUUCGGAGACUCCCCCCUCGGCUGUGAGCUGGGGGUCUCGGGCCUGACCCCCGUCUCCGGCGGCAGCGACCAGUCCUUCCCAGACCUGCAGGUGACAGGCCUGUAUGCUGCGUACUCGACCCCAGACAGCGUGGCCGCGUCGGCCACAACCUCGUCCUCCCAGUACCUGGGCAGCCCAGGGAACAAGCCCAUCGCCCUGCUUUGA